AUGAGCUCCUCAGCAGCGGCUGUAGCCUCAGAGGCCGAAACCACAGCAGCGCAGGCAAAAUACAAGAUCGUCCAAGACUCAGGCGACUUUGAGGAUGCUGAAGCCAAACGUCCAAACUUUGAUCAAUCCAAGCCAAUUGAAGUAACCAAAUCUCCUAAUCCCAAUUGGAAAUAUGGCCAAGGAGUCCCGGGUGCCAAUCCCGCGGCAAAGCACCAUGAGAUCGACCCAUACGCCUCAGAUCGACCGAUGAUCAACAACUACCGCCUGCUUGUUUCAGGAAUUGCCCCACGACCGGUAGGCUUCCUCAGCACAGUCAAUUCCAAAGGAGAAAAGAACCUGUCACCGUUCAGUUAUUUCCAAGUCAUUGAUCAUGACCCACCAAUGUUCAUCGUGGGCUUUUCGUCGCGUCCGGGUCGCGUCAAAGAUACCUAUCGCAAUUUAAAAGAGACAGGGGAAUGUGUCAUCAACACCGUUUCGGAGAACAUGAUCGAAGCAGUAAAUGCGACUUCGAUUGAUGCGCCAUAUGGCGUGUCGGAAUGGGAUGUAUCUGGUCUUCACGAGGCGCCGUCCACUACAGUGAAACCGAGCCGGGUUGCGGAGUCUGUGUUCAAUAUCGAAGGCAAGGUCAUUGAUAUCAAGGAGUUCACGGAUCAUCAACAGCCAGGAAUGAGUCUUGCUGCAACGGUUCUUAUCAAGGCCACUCGGUUCUGGGUGAAGGAGGGUACUGCGAAUGAGGAUUAUAGCCAUAUUGACCUUGAGAAGUUGCGGCCAGUCGGUCAGCUUGGUGGUAUCUCUUAUGGUCGGAUAGUGUCAACCUUUGAGCAGCCACGCAAGAAGUGGAGCGAUGAGGUGCCGAAGAGUGAGAUUUUGGCGAAGCUUGAGGCCGAGAAACCUGUCGAUCAAUGA